AUGGAUACACUCCAAUCAGUACCCUCAAGUGCUCCAGCGUCAUUAUUGACUUGUGGACAAAGAAGUGAAAAUGAAAAGAGAGACGAAGAAGUUCGUCAUAAACAAGAAUUUGACCUUCAGAUACGCCAAAUGUUGUCUAAACGACGCAGGGAACGUCGAAAGAUUUUUAGUCGCGAAAAGUUAAAGAAAUACAUUAGUGAAGAAAAUGCAGCUAAACUUAAGAUUACUUACCGUGAAUACGAUCUGUUGUCACGAUACGAUUUGGAAAACAUGUUCGGAGAAGACAUUCUGGUCACCGUAGAUGAAACUGAGAAGAGUCUGAAGCAGGGAAUAAAACGCAACUUAAUUAGCUCAACAUCAACAGCAGCAGCAACCUCCGCAUUAGACCCCCAACGUGUAUACCGCAGAUUUAUACACCAGGGGCAAAUAUAUGACAAAAUUUACGACGCCCAUAACGCGGUCGGCCAUGGGGGAGAAAAAAGAACUUUUUUUCAAGUAAGCAAAACGGUUGCUAACGUAGCCCAAGAAAAAGUAAAACUAUUCAUUUCUUUAAGGCAAAUUUGCAACAUAAAACGUGUUCCCAGGUGUAAGAAAGGGGUUGUUAAACCCAUCGUGUCUGAGAGUUUCGGAGAGAGAGGACAGAUGGAUUUGAUAGACAUGUAUAAGGAUGGGGGAUGUCUGUUCAACUACAUUCUUCAUUACCAAGACAAUCUAACCAAGUUCUCAGUUCUCCGACCUCUUCGCUCUAAACAGGCGAUAAAAGUCGCUCGUCACUUGCUGGAUAUCAUUACGCUCAUUGGAGCCCCUCGAUAUCUGCAAAGCAACAACGGCCGUGAAUUCGUGGUGGCAGUGAUUCAUCAGUUACGGACGGAAUUAUGGCCCAAGUUAAUCCUAAUAAAUGGUAAGCCCCGGCAUCCCCAGAGUCAGGGAAGCAUAGAACGGGCCAACGGUGACAUUACAAAAAUGCUUGGGAGUUGGAUGUGUGAGAAUCGAACUCGCGAUUGGUCGGCCAGUCUUCCCUUCAUACAAUUUAAUACGAAUAUAGCAUAUUCGCGGGAUGUUGGACUGUCACCGUACAAGGCGGUCUUUGGGAUCGAACACCCCAUCGGUAUGCAAACGGAACUCUCACCAUCGAUGUACAAACAGCUGCAAUGA